AGCUCUCUCGUAGCAACACAGCAACGAUAACUGCUAGCAUCGGCAAUUAAUAAUUUUUAAGUUUAUUUUUAUUAGUUCUCAGAUUGUGUUUGUUUGUUUUUGUUUACGUUAAAGUGUAUUUAUGUUAACUUGUUAGAUAACGUAGCCAGCAUUCGGUCAAGCCAUGCGAAUUGUUCAUGUGAAAGUCGAUUGAAAGCGCCUAAACACGAAAUCUACAUAAAUCGCAUCCGUCGCUGUCGCUGUCGCCGUCGCCUUCGCCUAUGCCUGUGUGUACGUGAUGUACGUGUGGAUGUGCCUGUGCCUGAGCCAGUGUUAGUGUGUGCCCGAAGACUUUGUCGCUGUCGCCUUUUGACGGGCCAAACAAAAGGGCGGGUAAAAGAAAAGUCAACAAAAGUUGCCAGAACGGGAACGAGGGGAAGCAGCAGCUCCCUGGCAAUUUGCAAUUGACAGCGCCAUAACGGAACAAGCAAAAAUGUUCACUAAGAAGAAGAAGAAACCGCUGAUCUCGAUGCCGAGCAAUUUCGAGCAUCGCGUGCACACGGGCUUCGACAAGCGGGAGAAUAAAUAUGUCGGCCUCCCGCUGCAAUGGGCCUCCAUUGUGGGCAAUAACCAGAUAUUAAAGUCCAGCAAUCGACCGCUGCCGCUUGUCGAUCCCUCGGAGAUAACGCCAACCGAAAUUCUCGAUCUGAAGACAAUUGUGCGUCCGCAUCACAAUAACAACAAGGCGGACACGACAUCGCUGAACAGCAGCAGCAGCACCAUGAUGAUGAGCAAUCCUUCCUCCGGUGCGGCCGCAAUGCUGCCCCAGCAACAGCAGCUGCAGCAACAGCAACAGCUGGUGCUGCCCAAGACAUCGCAUGUGGCGCGCUCGAAUUCGUUGCGCAGCUCCAGUCCGCCGCGUGUGCGUCGUGUGGCCAAUGUGCCGCCAGCUGUGCCCGAGGAGGAGUCAUCGGCGUCGGCUGCCACGCCCACACCAACAAUGCCUGGCCAUGGCUUUAAGCCGCAACAGCCGAUGCCACACAACAUGCUCUAUCCCAGUCAACAUGCCCAUGCGCAUCCGCACCAACAUCCACAUCCGCACACACAUCCUAAUGGCGGCGUCACAGGUCCACUGGCCGUGCGCACCGAUCAGUACCGUGCUGCCCCGGGCAUGCCGCAGCAACAGCAGCAGCAAACGUCGCCGGUGAGCUCUGUGGCCAGUGCAACGCGUUCUACGCAUUCGCAUCACAACAAUAACAACAACAACAACAACAAUGGCCAGAACUAUCCCAUGUACCCUGCCUCACAACAACAACAACAACAGCAACAGCAGCAACCAAAACUUGUGGCCGAUCAGAAUCAGAAUCCACACAUCAAUCACGCCAAGACAGCAUCGCGCGCCUCCAGCUCCAGUGGCAAUGCGGCUGCACUGGCCGCUGCCGCUGCCGCCCAAGCACAGGCGCAGGCCCAGCCCAAACAGGAGCAGCGGCUGACACACGAGCAAUUCCGUGCCGCAUUACAAAUGGUUGUAUCGGCGGGCGAUCCGCGCGAGAAUCUCGAUCAUUUCAAUAAAAUUGGCGAAGGCUCCACGGGCACCGUUUGCAUAGCCACCGACAAGUCAACAGGUCGUCAAGUGGCCGUCAAGAAAAUGGAUCUGCGCAAGCAGCAGCGACGCGAGCUGCUCUUCAACGAGGUGGUCAUCAUGCGUGACUAUCAUCAUCCGAACAUUGUGGAGACAUACUCUAGCUUUCUGGUCAACGAUGAGCUCUGGGUGGUCAUGGAGUAUCUCGAGGGCGGCGCACUCACCGACAUUGUCACACAUUCGCGCAUGGAUGAGGAGCAAAUAGCCACCGUUUGCAAGCAAUGCCUAAAGGCUUUGGCCUAUUUGCACUCACAGGGCGUCAUCCAUCGCGACAUCAAGUCGGACUCCAUUCUGCUGGCCGCGGAUGGACGCGUCAAGCUGUCGGACUUUGGUUUUUGUGCGCAGGUGUCGCAGGAGCUGCCCAAGCGCAAAUCCCUGGUGGGCACACCGUAUUGGAUGUCACCGGAGGUCAUAUCGCGCCUGCCAUACGGCCCCGAUGUGGACAUCUGGUCGCUGGGCAUCAUGGUCAUCGAAAUGGUCGACGGUGAGCCGCCAUUCUUCAACGAGCCGCCGCUGCAGGCGAUGCGUCGCAUACGGGACAUGCAGCCACCAAAUCUAAAGAACGCCCACAAGGUAUCGCCGCGUCUGCAAUCGUUCUUGGACCGCAUGCUAGUCCGUGAUCCGGCGCAGCGUGCCACAGCCGCCGAGCUGCUGGCGCAUCCAUUUCUACGGCAAGCGGGGCCGCCAUCGUUGCUGGUGCCGCUGAUGCGCAACUCCAGGCAUCACACUUGA